AUGGGGUUCGAGGAAGCUGUUGAGUUCUGUAAAAACAUGGAAAUGAGCGUAGCCUCCAUAAUUGAUGGCGACGAAGCGUUUAGGGCGAACAAUCAAGCCUUGCAAAAGAGCAAUUCGACACUGAUCUGGCUCGGCGGAAAUUACACUGGUUCGCAACUUGUCUGGAACGACGGUCAUAAUUCUACGUUUCAGCAUUUUGAAAUAGCGCCCCCUGAUGCCGGCCAGGUCGUCAUGCGGCGGCAAACUGGCAAAUGGACAACGGUCAGAGGCGGGAAGUUCCCGGUGGCAUGUAUGGGCGGAAACACGCCGACUCAUUGCACCUCAACGGUAUUUGUGGGCCAUGAGGUUCCGCCAUGCGAUCCGGAAUGGUUAGAAUCGGCACAUUUGAAGGUUUCACCUGGGCGGAGGCUCGAACGAAAUGUGAGCAUCUCGGCGUAUUCAGAGCUGACGACCCAGUACUUACGAGAUCCGGCCGUGAACGCGUUUUCGGACCAGGCUGGAGCGUGGAUUGGUGGGAUAAGGGUCGGCUCUGAGAAGCCGAUCUUUAAAUGGGUCGAUGGUACCGUGUGGGACUACGAAAACUGGGCACAUGGUCAGCCAAAUGACAGUCCGGGUCCCCAGAACUUUCUACAGAUCUACACGGCUCGAUUCAAUUAUAGCCAAACCGCAACCAACCACCAUUCACUCUACCUAAACAGAUGGAACGACAUCCACGACGUCGUCGGCUUCAGCGCCAUUUGCAAGAUGGAAUCAAAAUAUGCGGAUAACCUAAGC